AUGGCAUUUGGUUUGGUGGCUGUGGCGUAUAUUGUCGCCUUGAUUUUCACGAUUGCCCUAAUAUUUCUCACUAUAUUCCACAUCAUUUCAUUCGACGAGCUUAAAACAGAUUACAAGAACCCCGUUGACCAAUGUAAGAGUUUGAAUCCGCUCGUACUACCGGAGUACAUUUUACACGGAACAUAUACUUUUCUAUUUAUGAUCACGGUUCAAAUUGGAACGGUGUUGUUCAAUGCACCCUUGAUUGCUUACCACGCGUAUCGUUACAUGCACCGCCCGGUUAUUUCGGGCCCCGGCCUAUAUGAUCCCACCACUAUCAUGAAUACUGAUGAAUUAAAUCGUGCCAUGCGCGAAGGCUGGGUCAAGCUGGCCUUCUACAUAAUAUCAUUCUUUUAUUAUCUUUAUGGGAUGAUUUAUACAUUGGUGUCAGAUUAA